AUGAGAUACGUGCAAGUGUGCAAAGCACUUUACGACUAUGAAUCUCGAACCGAAGACGAACUAAGCAUCAAAGAAAAUGAUAUUUUGUACAUUAUCGAGAAAGAAGAUGAUGAUUGGUGGCGAGCUGAAUUAAAGCAGCAGAAUGGAGAAGACCAAGGCCCUGUUGGAUUAGUGCCUGCCGACUAUUUAGAAGAGGUUACGCCAAUCGGUCGAGUGCGCGCAGAAUUUGAUUAUGCUGCUCAGCAAGAAGAAGAGUUAUCGUUCGAGGAAGGUGAUGAGAUGGAUCUACUGGAGCAGGAUGAUCCAGAUUGGUUUCUUGUCAAAUCCAAGAAGGGUGAAAUUGGAUUGGCACCAAGCAACUAUGUGCAAGAUGUAGACAACCAUUUUGAAGAAGCCCAAGAGCAACAGCAACAGCAACAAGACCCUAUUCCCACACCACCAGUCGUAACACAAGCAUCCAUGGCUGUUGCUCCUCCAGCUCCUCCAGCAGUUCAACCCAUCUUGUCGCAUACUACUGGCUCAACCACUGCUACUCGAGAAGUCAUUGCGGAUGAUGCUCAAUCUUGGAACGUUCAUGAGUACGAUGCCGCUAAAAAGAAGAAGAAGAAGGGAAAGGGCAGUUUAUUCGUCGGCAAUGGCAUGAUUUGCUAUGGCAGCGAAACCGAUAAAUCCUUGCCGGUGCAACAAUACCCUAUUUUGGAUGUAACAAAGUAUCUCUACGACGGUAAAAACUUGCAUAUCGAGAUUGAUGGUGCUAAACAAGCAGUACUGGAUCUUCAAGCCUCCUCCAAAUCAGAGGCCAAAGCCAUCUUGGUCAAGAUUUCGGAUUCGACACGAGCCGCUCAAAUGUCAAACACCCAUUUGAGUCUAUCCAGUCAGAAACAAAUCGCUGCUCCAGCUCCUGCCAUUCCUCCCAUGACAUCUUCGUCAUCCUAUGAAGCUGCUGCUGCUUCUCCAUCACCACAGGCUCAUUAUGAUGAACAGGAGCAGGAUCAAGAAGAAGAGUCAAACUGUGUCCCCAAGUGGGGUAUCUCCAUCUAUUCUUUCCAAGCUGAAGGUGGCGAUGAAUUGUCUGUUGAGGAAAACGAGCAAAUUUAUGUUUUAGACUACGAGAGAACAGAUGGUUGGUGGCGUGUACAAAAGGUGGAUGGUGAUGUCGGUUUGGUGCCUUCCUCCUACGUUCAAUUUGACGAUGAAGAGGGCAAUGAACAAGAGCAUGAUCACUCUACUGCUGCUGGUGCUGCUGGAGUGGGUGCCGCCGCUGCCGCCGCUGUUGCUGCCUCUUCUCGCAAUGACAAUGUAGAGGAAAUCAGAAGAAAGCGUGCUGAGGAGGAGCGUGCCUUGCAACAACAACGUGUUGCUGAAGAAAGAGCUCGCGAAGCACAACGACGCAAGGAACAAGAAGAACAGGACAGAAAGAGACGCGAACAGGAAGAGGAAUCGCGCCGUCGUAGAGAAGAGGAAGAAGCGCGCCGUCGUCGUGAAGAGGAGAGACAACGCGAAGAAGAGGAGAGGGAACGACGUAGACAAGUUCAAGAGGCUGCCAAACGUGCUGAAGCUGCUCGUCAAAAGCAAUUAGAAGAAGACUACAAACGCAAAGAAGCCGAACGUAAAGCAUCGCUUGCUCGUUCAGCCUCCAAGACGCGACAUCAAGAUCUUCCUAAACCAGACCCAACAAAGAUUAGAACAUGGACAGAUCGAAGCGGUUCCUUCAAGGUAGAAGCUCAGUUCAUUGAUUUUCACAAUGGUAAAUUGCGUUUGCAUAAACUGAACGGUGUCAAGAUUGAUGUGCCUGUGGAGAAGAUGUGUGCUGAAGAUGUGCGUUGGGUGGAAAAUCAUACAAGAAGACCUAGUCAAGCUGAUGAUGAGGUUGCACCUGCUAUGCCUCCUCGUCCUCCUCAACAACAACAACAACAACAAGCUGCUCCACGUGCUGCUCAACCACCACAAAGGAAGCUUAAUGAAAGAUGGGAUUGGUUUGAUUGGUUUAUGAUUAUCGGCAUCCCUAUGCAGCAAUCACUUCAAUACGCUGCAUCCUUCAAAGCAGAGAAACUCGACGACAGUGAUAUUCCCAACUUGACGCACAAGCAAAUGAAGAUGUUGGGCUUAAAAGAGGAACACGUACAGCGCGUGGAAAGAUACAUUGAAACUGGUCAACCUGAAGAGACAACAGAGGAAGAAGCUACCAACAAAAAGAAGGAAAUGAGUCAAAUUGAAAAGGAUGAAGAGUUGGCUCGAAAGUUGCAAAAGGAAUGGGAGAGUUCUGAAGGCAGUAACAAGGGAAAGGCACCCUCUUCUUCGAAUGCUAGACCUAGACCCAACGUGUCUGCACCCAAGGAUGUGCAUCCUGAUCUAUUGGACUUUAUCGGCUCUCAACUAAGCAGCUCUUCCACAACAGACAAUGCCAAGGGCAAGGAACUUGAGAAACCCAAGGGCGAUUUGAUUGGAUUCAACGAUGAUGCUUGGGCCCCUCGUGUAGAGAGCAGCCCUAUCGCUGCCAUGUCACCCAUGAAGACAGCCCAAUCCAGCAAUGCCGUGGUAUCUCCUGCUGCUCCUGCUGCUCCUGCUGGACCUACACCCGAACAAAUCAAGGCUGCAGAAGCUGAACGCAAACGUAUCCAAGAAGAGGAACAAAUCCAAAAGAUCCAAUUGAUGAAUCUACAGCGACAAGCCAAGGAGCAACAACAACAAUUGGAGCAACUGCAGAAAUUGACACAGCAGCAAUUAGAGCUUCAAAAGCAGUUGGCAAUGCAAACAGGUACACAGCAGCAGCAACAACAGCAGCAGCAGCAGAUGUUACAAGUGCAAGCUCAACAGCAACGGCUUCAACAACAGCUUGCUCAACAGCCCCCUCAACUGCAACCCUCGUUUGCUGCUCAACCCACUGGCUUCUCUGCUGCUCAGCCUACUGGUUUCAACGCUUCUCAACCCACGGGCUUCAACGUUACCCAGCCUACUGGCUUUAGUCCUCAGACAACUACAGGUUUCCAAACUGGAGGCUUCACUGGUCAACAACCCACACCUGCUGCGGGUCGUCAAAGACCUACACCAUCACACAGUCUUCCUUUAGAUCCAUCCCUUGGUCAAUGGCAACCCAAUCAACCUACUGGAUUCCAGCAGCAGCAACACCAGCAUCAACAACAGCCCAUGCAAACUGGGUUCCAACAGCAACAACAACCACAGCAACCUAUUCAGCAAAACUCAUGGCAAGCGCUUCAACCUCAAAUGACAGGUUUUCCUGCUUCCAGUCAACCCGUUGGUGGCAGCAAUUAUCAACAAUCAUUGCCUCCACCAUUGGUACCUUCUUCCACCGCUGCUGGACAGCAAGGGCUUCUUUCAAGAUCACACACCAUUGGUGUCCAACCUACAGGUAGACAUUGGAACAGUGCUACUCCUGACAACCCCUUCGGAUCUCCCACUUUAUCUCCACUGCAAGCACAAAUGACAGGCGUUCAAUUCUCUACACCUAGUCCUCAAGCAUUCCAUCAAAGUCCUUUACAAUCUCAACAACCAACUGGUUACAUGCAACCUCAAAUGACCGGUUUCCCUCCUCAACAACCGCCACAGCAACCAGCAGGUAAUAGUAUUUUUACUCCUCAAGGUUCCAUGCAAUAUGGCCAAUCUGCUUUCCCUAAUAACCAACGCCCUUGGUAA